CUUGCUGCCACGUCGAUCAGUUAAACUGCAUUCACGCAUGAUUUGGAUCGUGUCAGUAGGUUUGUACUUCAGAAUAGGAUCAAAAUGUCUACGCUGCAAAUCCCACCUGUAACGAUAGAAGACCUACAAGCAUUUCAAGCUAAACACUUUCCCGGAAGUGCCCAGCCCCUUGUAUCUGAGUAUGCAUACAAUGAAAAUGUAACGAACGAGCUCGCAGACGAUGAUGACGGCCUUGGAUAUUACCCCGAUGGUGUGAAGCGCACCCUGACGGAGGAGCAGAUCAAAAUAUUCAGACAUAGUGAGAUACACUCACUUUUACGCGAAAGACAACUUAGGGAAGAAGAGGAGGAGGAGACUCACAGAGCUUCUGAAUUCAAUGAAUCUAAGGAUGAUCAAGCACAUGAUAAAGACACUGCUACGACACGAUCUAGUGUCGUUGUCGGUGGAACUGAUCAAUCAACAGGCGGCGAUCAACAAGCGAGAACUCUGCAGUCUGAUACCAGGCAGUCCGUGUCCAGAAGUCAGACCGUAGAUAACGGUUCGGACCCUACGCUGGAUUAUGAUGAAGACGCUUCUGGAUAUACCCGCAGGCCUGCUCCAUCAAAUUAUUGUUCUCACUUGGCUGGUCGCAGGAUCGUUUCGUAUGAAGAUUAGCUGCUGGAUUCUUCGAUGGGAAUCACAGAAUGGAGAAUUAGUGGCCAUAAUGAACCUUCAGCAUUAUCUAACCCCGCCAUUGCUCAACUACGGUAGGAGGCUCUGAAACCCUAUCUAGUGUUCCGGCUUGAUUGCCGGCGGUUCGAGAAAUCGCGCGGCUAGUGUACUAGUUUAUACGUAACUCCAAGUUGUAUCAAUGCCCGA